AAGGCAGAAGUUUCUACAAAUGGUGCGAUGAUGUCAAGGCACCCAUGUGUGAAUGUGGCGCCGGAGCCUGCACCGUCAAUAUCCGGAGAGACGAUAACGGGAAGGAAACCAAGUACUAUACUUGCCGAAUUAGAACGGGACAUGGAGCCUGUGGUUUCUUGCUGCUCGAUACUCCUCCAAGUCCGCCGAAUUCAUGGCCAAGGUCUACUAAGAUAGGCAAAAGGCCACCAAUAUUGAGUCCCCAGCAUUGUGGCCUACCGAAUAUUAAGACUUGCCAGAAAUCUGCUGCUGGAAAGGGAUAUGCUGAAGUUAAUGAAGUACCACAAAGUGCUCUAGGAAAUGGUACAAAACCAUUGGGUGUUUCUUUGGGGACUUCAAAUCUCGAAAAAGCAUUCACUGCUAUGGAGGAGGAAGGUGUAACAAGUACAAUCGUGAAUGAAGUUGGAAGGAAUCUUCAGAAAGACCAGCUCAUUUAUUUGGAGUCAAUCGAGCCGCCCGAUCACAAUGCUAUGUUACCGGCAGUAAAUGAUACUUUUGACGCUUCAGUUGGUCCAUUGAAUGAAUGCAGACCUUUUGUAGAGCGCCUGGUGGAAUCUAUUCAGGGUAUAUCUAUAGUUGCAAGAAUGGGGACAACUCUCCCAGAUAACGGCAAUCACGCUGUGCAUUCCAUCCCAACAAAUACAGGGAAAUGUUUAAAUGAUAUAUCUGGCAUCAAUGCAGAAGCAUUUACUGCCAUUACAGGCACUGGAAGUUAUCAUCUCCAGUCAGUCCAUGAAGCAGCUUAUCGUAUUAAGGAUGCACUCUGUCAAACUGAGAAGCUCGAGACGUGUCUUCUAAAAACUGCAAUGGAUGUAGGGAAAGCAAAGAGAUGCAUACAGGCUACAUAUCAAGAGCUGACAAAAUUGCUUGAAACUUCCACAGGAGAAACAAAAGCAAAUGUAUUGCUACAAGGACAACACUAAAUGAGGUAAAAGGAAGAAGAUACAAGAUAGUAGAACUACUUAGAUGAAUCAGGGUGAUGUCUGGCUGGCAGUAGGAAAAGCAGAGAGGGAAAGCUAGGACCUCAUUUAGAUUAGAGGGCAGCACUGGGGCUCAACCAAAUGGUCUUUGAACAUGUCGUACACAUUGUAGGCAAAAUGAAAAUGUAAGUAAAACGAUGAACUUGAGGUUGAGCUUAGUUCGUAGAGGCAAUAUAUAUAUAUAUACAUUGGGGAGAUGAUUGUUAUGCGUGGGGAAUGAGUGAAAAUAAUAGAUGAACCGAAUGGCCAUUGAUAAAACAGUCUAACGUAACGAGGAGAUGCAAACAAUGGCAGCAGAAGGAGAGAAGAUAGACGUCAACAGUUUAGUAUACC